UGAUAUAGCCAAGCCACUAUUGCUCGGCAGCUUACACUUCACAUAAUCGGACGGCACUAUUUUCCAUGAGUGAUGUGGAGACAGCAAAACCAAAGAUGCAUGGACUAACAUGCAUUUGAAUUUAAUUUUUCUUCUUUCCUUUGUACAUUUGUUUAUGGAUUUCUGUAAAGAUGUCAGAGACAAGGGCAGCAACAAAGGCAGCUGCAGAGAAAAAAACAGAAGCAACAGAGGUGCAGUCAUUAUAAGAGCAGACUCACUCACUCACCCAUCCAGCACAUUAGAGAAAUAGAGAGAGGUGGCAGAAAGCCAGAAGCAUCAUCAGACUAUCACAGCCAUUAGUAUUAUCCAUGCACAGGAGAAGAAUCUGUUACCCUUUAACCAAAAAAUCACCCUCCAAACUCCAAAUUACUAUAGCCCCAUCUAGAGAAAAAUUAAACUCUCUUUAGUCUUUUACUUCAAACUUUGAAAAUCUUAUUAUAUCUUGUUGCUCUUCAACGCUAUUUAGAGCAACACACACGCUUCCUUCUAUUUGUCUCAGAAUGAUGAGUGCUAGUGCAAGUGCAAGAAACAGGUCCCCUUUCACACCAACUCAGUGGCAAGAACUUGAACAACAGGCUCUUGUUUUUAAAUACAUGGUCACAGGAACACCUAUCCCACCAGAUCUCGUCUACUCUAUUAAAAGAAGUCUAGACUCUUCAAUUUCUUCAAGGCUCUUCCCACACCAUCCAAUUGGGUGGGGAUGUUUUGAAAUGGGAUUUGGCAGAAAAGUAGACCCAGAGCCAGGAAGGUGCAGAAGAACAGAUGGCAAGAAAUGGAGAUGCUCAAAGGAAGCAUAUCCAGACUCCAAGUACUGUGAAAGACACAUGCACAGAGGCAGAAACCGUUCAAGAAAGCCUGUGGAAGUUUCUUCAGCAACAAGCACCGCCACAAACACCUCCCAAACAAUCCCUUCCUAUAGCAGAAACCUUUCCUUGAACAACAACAACAGCAACCCCAACAUAACUUCACCCUCAUCUUUCCCUUUCUCUCCUUUGCCCUCUUCUAUAUCCUGCGAGUCUCAACCCUUUCCCCAAUCUUACCAAAACUCUUCUCUCAACCCCUUCUUCUACUCCCAAUCAAACUCCUCCAGACCCCCAGAUACUGAUUUUCCACCUCAAGAUGCCACCACCCACCAGCUUUUCAUGGACUCUGGCUCUUAUUCUCAUGAUGAAAAGGAUUAUAGCAGGCAUGUUCAUGGAACAAGGGAGGAUGUGGAUGAGAGAGCUUUCUUCCCAGAAGCUUCGGGAUCAGCUAGGAGCUAUACUGACUCAUAUCAGCAACUAUCAAUGAGCUCCUACAAGUCCUAUACAAACACCAACUUUCAGAACAUGAAUGACAACACCCCAAGACAGCAAGAGCAACAACACUGUUUUGUUCUGGGAACUGACUUCAAAUCAACAAGACCAAGCAAAGAGAAAGAAGCUGAGACAAGUCAGAGACCCCUCCACCGUUUCUUUGGGGAGUGGCCACCAAAGAACACAACAGAUUCCUGGCUAGAUCUUGCUUCCAACUCCAGAAUCCCAACAGAUGAAUGAUGUUUUUUCUAUUGUUAUUAUGAGCUGGUGGAUACGGCCAAGAGAGACUUGUUGAUAAAGAUCAGUGUGUUUGUGGCUGGGGUGAUUUUCUUUUGCAAAAGUUGUGAUGUUAUUGUGUUAUGUGGGGGACCACAGUAGGAUUUGUGUCUUUGCUUUGCUAGAUUUUUUAUAUAUGCUUCUUUCUUCCCCUUGAAGAAAAGUUUAAAGAAAAAAAAAACAAAAAACAUGUCUCAGAUUUGCACACUAUGUUGUUUGACUGGAAAGCAUAUUAAGUUGCUCUGCAGUCUGCUUUAUAAUGGGUGGUAGCAAGGACAAUUCAAAUAAGCUCUGAUGUUUGUGUUUCUUCUGAACCUUGUUAUGUGCAUGGACCCAGCAGGGAACAUGUGCAAUGAAUAUUUGCAUAUAUCACCACCACCAUUAGGAUUAGUAGGGAGGGACACUUUCCAACAACAACAACAAAGAAAAUCUCUAACUCAUGGAAUGGACCAGGGUCUAGGCCUCUAGGGCAUAGAUGUAGACGCUGCAGAUUUACCUCAGGUUUCAAACUUUUCAUCAAUAGAUUAUUGAAUGUUAAGAUUAUCAUUUGUUUCAUUGCCUUGAGCAAUCAACAUGGUUUAA